CGCUCGGCGCGCGGCCCUGUGCCCAGCCCGCCCCGGGGAACGCGAGGGCGGUGCCGGCGGUGGUGGCGGGACGCACCACUGCGGGCGCGGGGGGCGCCGGUGGUGGGGAGCGGGACUCCAGCCUGGGGGGCCAGCGGCCUCGGCGCGUCCGCCCCUCAGCCGGCCUAGCGAGGUGGUUCGCUCCGGCCGCACGGCGCUCGCCGGUUCCCAAGCGGGCGGGCUGGGCGCCGGCAGCAGCGCAGCGCGGACCGGCUGGCACCGGCGCCACGGGCUCUGCCGCCGCGAUGCUGGGGCUGCUCGUGGCGUUGCUGGCCCUGGCGCUCGCCUACUUCGCGCUGCUGGACGGCUGGUACCUGGUACGCGUGCCGUGCGCCGUGCUGCGCGCGCGCCUGCUGCAGCCGCGCGUCCGCGAUCUGCUGGCCGAGCAGCGCUACGCGGGCCGCGUGCUGCCCUCGGACUUGGACUUGCUGCUGCACAUGAACAACGCUCGCUACCUGCGCGAGGCCGACGUGGCGCGCGCCGCGCAUCUGGCCCGCUGCGGCGUGCUCGGGGCGCUGCGCGCGCUCGGGGCGCGCGCGGUGCUGGCCGCCUCGUGCGCGCGUUACCGCCGCUCGCUGCACUUGCUGGAGGCUUUCGAGGUGCGCACCCGACUGUUGGGCUGGGACGACCGCGCCUUCUACCUGGAGGCGCGUUUCAUCAGCCUGCGUGACGGCUUCGUGUGCGCGCUGCUGCGCUCCCGCCAGCACGUGUUAGGCACCUCGCCGGAGCGUGUCGUGCAGCACUUGUGCAAGCGCAAGGUGGAGUCCCCAGAACUGCCGGAAGACCUCCAGCACUGGAUCGCCUACAACGAGGCCAGCAGCCAGCUGCUCCGGGCUGAGAGUGGGCUCAGCGAUGUGGUCAAGGACCAGUGACCACCUCACACUGACCGCCAGCUUCCACCUGAGGGCAGUUGCCCAGCCAUCCCCGCCUGCCAGGAGGCAGAGAGUGCAGAUCAGGCUGGCCGGGCUGGGCUCUCUCUGAGCUGGAGUGGACUUGUGACCAGCCCAGCCCCCUUCACCCACUUGGCUCCCUCCCGCCACCCCCAUUAUUGAUGCCCCUCGGUGCCUCACCCCAUGCUGGGCACAGGACAGGGCGACCCAGGUGUUCCGACCUAGCUCUGCCCUCAGAGUGGAAUCGAUGGGCAAAGUGGGAGGCCCAGGGCCCUUGGUGUGUGAACUGUGGGUGAGGUGCCCCGGCCCCACCCUGAGGUGAAGCCAGGGUUCCGUGGACCCACGUCUGGAGAGUGCUUGGAGCGGAGGAACCAGCUAGAGCCCCCUGGAGCCUCAGAGCCCAGAGUCCGAGCUGGUGUGGGGCGCCCGGCAGGUGUGAGGCCAGAGCUGUCCUGGGCGCAGGGCUGGGGCCUGAGUCAGGCCCGCGAGGGGCUGUGAAGGGUCAAAGCAGCACUUCAAGGCAGAUCCCUCUGGCUGUGGGCGAGGGCAGGGUGGGCCCAGGGCGGAGUCUGGGGGGUCAGGGGCCAGGCCGAAUGACCAAAGGGCCCUCAGGAGGGAGGCCUGGCCUCCUGAGCUCCCCAGGAGCAGGGGUGGGAGGGGGCAGGACCUGCAGCUGAGACUUGCAGCCAGAGAGUGUGCCAGGACCAGGGUUGGCCGGACAGCGCAGGGGCUUCUGUGGAGCUGGUGAGCUUCCUGUCGCUGGGGGUGUCCUAAUCGGGGCCUGCUGCCGAGAGGGGAACAGAGCAGGGAGUGGGAUUCUGCUUGGGCCCCCUCUAUACCCUGCCCUCGCCUGUCUGCACCCCAUAGGGUCUCACUGUGUGGCUAUGGAUGGGGUCCAGCCAUCUCUGCAGCUCCAGCACCUCAGUCGUCAGUGGUCCCACUGGGGCUGUCCUUGCCUGACCCCCUGCCCUGCUGUCGAUUUUUUCCUUCCUCUCCCAAAGGGGGCCUGUCCUGGCAGCGGCUCUCGGGGCUCCCUGAUGGGGUCACCAGGCUGCGGGGACACCAGCCGUGGCCACCCGCUCCUGCCUAAUCCCUCGCCUUCCAGCUGGGGAAAGGGAGGCCUGGAGAGAAGCAGGGACUGGUCUGGGGCCUCUGAGAGUGCCGAGGGCAGAGCAGGGGCAUGCCCUGGCCCAGGACUCUGCCACCAGCCUAGCUCCCUGGGGACACUGGGGUCAGGGCCCUGGGUGUGGGGUUGCUGCCUGCCCAUGUGUGCAGCUGCUCUGGGCAGGGUGCCCACCUGCCUGUGCCCCUGCCGCCCAUGGGGCAGGCCAGAGCAGCUGGAGCCCAGAACCACUUCCUUGCUGCCCUGUCCAGGAACCCCACCGCUGGCUGGAGCCGGGAGCACAGCCACACCCCGAUUUCUCACCUGCCCCUCCACGCUGUCACCUGCCUUAUAGCCGCCAUGGGAAAGCUGCAAUGUUUCUGUUUUGUUUAAAGAAAGCCCAG